AUGGGGUGACAAAUUUAGCGUUGAUUUGAAUGUCAGCCAUGACGUCAUUCACGCACGAUCCCGAAUGUUCCGUGUCUUGUGGCCUCGAGCGCUUGAGCUCGACGCGUCUCCAUCACGCGGCAGAUGGCGCUUCCAACGGCCAACUUACUCAACGACAUUGUUUUGAGACUGUCUUCUGUUUAACAGUAAUAGAUUGAAUUCGCACUACAAAGAUGGCGCACGAAGGGCCUAGCGUCCGCGAAACAAGCUUGUGACGAGCUAUCGGAACAGCUAGCUCGUGCCUAGCGGUGUGGAAAAAGGUAAGAAAGACGAACGGGUGGCGCCCCGUGGGCGUCUCCGUGCCAGCUAUGUGAAUGAUCGACAUGCCUUUGUACCUUGUUUUAAAGCUGGCAUGCCUCAGACGCGUUGGGAAUUGCUCCGUUAUCAGGACUCUAUUCUUCUCUUGGUAGUAGGAUAUGCUGUUGAUGAACUUCCGUCAAUCUGCAGUCGCGCUUUUAGCUUCCGCGCGCCUGGUUCUGACUUCCACCAGCAGCGAGCAUGACCAGUUCAAAGACGUGACUUGGGAUGACCAGAAUUGGGUUAUAGCGACACAUGCUCUGGAUCAAGGCCACUACCAAUCGCGCUUGACGCUCGCAAAUGGUUACUUUGGCGUUAAUGUGGCAUCCGCAGGUCCUUUUUUCGAAGUCGACGAGCCAGUAAAUGGCGACGUCAUAAGCGGAUGGCCAUUGUUCAGCAGACGACAGACUUUCUCGACGAUCGCAGGCUUCUGGAACAGCCAACCACGAACGAACGGAUCAAACUACCCUUGGCUAUAUCAGUAUGGGUGGGAAAGCUUUACUGCAGGUAUUCCACACUCGAGCGGCCUGGCUGUUGAAGCGAACGGCCAUUUCUUGAAUGCGUCGGUCAAUCCCGACCACAUUUCGGAUUUUGUAUCGAGUCUGGAUGUAAAAGCUGGAAUAGCGAGCUGGCGAUAUAACUGGAAGCCGGGAGGCUCCGGAGACGGAACUGUCGAUGUGGACUAUCAGAUGUUCGUGCACAAGCUUUACGUCAACAAAGCAGCUGUCAGGCUAAGACUUACGGCGACGCGCGAUCUGAAUGUAACGGUCUACGAUGUUUUAGACGGUGAUUGCGCUGUUCGCUCAGACUUUGUCGACAAGAAGUUUGAGGAAGAUACCCCUACGAUUUGGUCUGCUGUCAGCCCCGGAAACAUUACCGACGUCAAGGCCUACGUAUAUUCGACUUUGGGUGGUAGUGACUGGGUGAACCUUACUUCUCGUAGCAGAGUAGCAGAGGGAAUCUUUAGCGGUGGCAAUGGCUCAAGCAUUGCCCAGUCGCUGCCUGUUGAGUUAGUCGCUUUCCGUCCCACCGAAAUCACGAAGUUCAUUGGAGUCGCGUCGACCGAUGCCUUCCCAGAUCCACAGAGCAUAGCGCGCAACGCUUCACUUUCCGGCGCUGAAGAGGGCUACUACAAGCUGGUUCACUCUCAUAUAGAGGAAUGGGAGUCGAUUCUAACACCAGACUCGGUCGAUGAUUACCAUCUGCCGAAUGGAUCUCUGCCUGAGGAUCCAGACGUGCGGGAGCUGCAUAUCAUGGCGCGAACCAACCCUUUCUACUUAUUGUCAAACAUGGUCGGACCGAAUGCUGUAGCUGCGGCUAACAACAACACGAAGCUCGACAUCUACAGCAUACCAGUUUGCGGGCUGGGCUCAGACUGCUAUGGAGGUAUGAUUUUCUGGGAUGCAGACGUAUGGAUGGCACCUGGGGUGCAAGUAUCACAUCCGCAGCAUGCCCAAAACGUUAUCAAAUAUCGUGUGGAGCACUUCGACCAAGCGCAACGUAAUGUCGAAACUGCGUACCAAUCGAGCAAAAAUCAAACAGGCAGGUUCACGCCUGGAGGGGCUGUAUAUCCAUGGACAAGCGGACGAUUCGGCAACUGUACCGGAACUGGCGCUUGCUUUGAUUACGAAUAUCAUCUCAACGGAGACAUCAGCCUCGCCAUGAACAACCACUUGAUCAUCACCGGAGACGAAGAAUACUUCAACGACACCCUGCUACCAAUCUCGAACGCCAUUGCGCAUUUCUUUGGUCAAUUGCUGGACUUCAACGAAACCUCUGGCGCGUAUGAGCUGUGGAAUGCUACCGAUCCGGACGAGUAUGCCAACCAGGUCAAUAACAUCGGGUUUACUACAGCACUCAUGGAACGUCACUUUCUUGAGACAAACGAGUUCAAUAGCUGGUUUGGACGCAGUCCCAACGCUAGCUGGGCGGAUAAGGCUUCCAAGAUGCGACUCCCAAUCAAUGAGAAGGCCGGCAUCAUUGUUGAGUAUACUGGCAUGAAUGGGUCAGUAGCCGUCAAGCAGGCCGAUGUUGUUCUGGUGGACGAUCUGCUACAUUACCCCAACCCCUACAGCCUGUCCAACCUGGACUAUUACGCGGCAAAGCAGUCUCUCGAUGGUCCCGCGAUGACUUACUCUUCAUUUGCUGUUGUCGCGAACGAAGUGUCGCCAUCCGGAUGCUCGAGCUUUACGUACGACGUAUACUCCUCUUCGCCGUACGUCCGCGCACCUUGGUAUCAGUAUUCCGAGCAACUCAUCGAUAACGUUGAGGAGAAUGGGGGAACACACCCUGCAUUCCCUUUCCUAACUGGUAUGGGUGGAACCAACCGCGUCGGUAUCUUUGGUUACCUUGGCCUGGGUCUAUACUACGAUAGACUAGACAUUGACCCCACGCUGCCGCCACAGAUACCAUACCUGAACUACCGUACCUUUUACUGGAUGGGUCACGGCAUUAACGCUACCUCUAACUCAACACAUACGACGUUAGCACGUCUGCCACGAGAGAACUACACUCUGCCCUCAGCAAACGCGACGUACUUCGACAAGCCCAUCCCCGUCACGAUCGGUACCCGCAGCGGACGCGACAACACAACAUACGAGCUUGGAGACGAGCCAAUUGUAAUCCGUAACCGAGCAAUGGGCGAAACCCUUACUGUGGGCGGGAACAUACUCCAGUGCAAAGCCCUGCUGCCACCUCCACAGGGAAACAAGCCUGGUCAAUUUCCAAUUGCAGCCAUCGACGGUGCCGCAAGCACGAAAUGGCAACCUGAACUCGCCAACACCACGAGCUACCUGACCGUGGAUCUUGGUACCUCAUCUUUCUACCCAGUGAAUAAAGUUGUAAUGGACUGGGGUAACCAGCCACCCUCACACUUCGAAGUUUACUUUUCCAAUAGUACUCUACCACCAUUCGAAAGCCAGUCGGGAUCUGAUUCUGAUUCUGAUGUAAGGAACGUGGCGGCAGGAGAUGUAGAGAUCAGUGCGCCUUGGGAUCCGGUUACUGCUUAUGAGAUCAAGACGUAUAUUGGCAAUCAGACAAAUGUCAGCCUGGAGCAGAGUGUUUGGAGCGGACGUUAUGCGCACUUGGGUAUUCGGGGCAAUUUGUUCGCCGAGAACGCUACUGAUGGUGGGACGGUUGCGGAAUGGAGUUUGGUUCAAGAGGGGUAUUGAGCGAUAGAGUCUGAUGUCUGAUGAACACUAUGCUAGAUAUACAAAAAAGAUUAGACUUCUGAAAUCGCGUAGGAUUACGAUUUAACCUGAUGAUGCAAACGCCACUGAUCAUGU